UCGGUCAACCCAGUGGAGGGCAGUGAAGCUACUGAUGCCUCUAAUAUCCACGAAGAAGAAUUCGACCCAGGCUCAUCAGUAAGCGACGAAGAUGGCCGCCUGUGGGCUAUUCCGCUCCCUGUCUUCCAACUUUUUCACAGUUUUGCCUUUACUUACCCGCUCGGCAACACUUUCACCGUUGCGGCUGGCAUCUAAACCUUACUUUGGAAGAACUCUAGCCACUUCUAGUCGAUUAACAGCAGAACUUAAAUUCACAGACAAGCACGAAUGGAUCCGAGUAGAAGACGACGGUAGUGGGACUGUCGGUAUCAGCAAGUUUGCGCAAGAGGCUCUGGGAGAUGUAGUUUACUGUGGACUGCCAGAGGUGGGAACACAGCUGGCUAAACAUGAUGAGUUUGGAGCGCUGGAAAGUGUGAAGGCUGCCAGUGAGCUUUACUCCCCCCUGACUGGAGAAGUUGUGGAGGUCAAUAUGCUACUGGCAGACAGCCCAGGUCUGGUCAACAAAUCUUGCUACAAAGAUGGUUGGCUGAUGAAGAUGACCAUUGGCAACCCUGCAGAGCUUGAUGCUCUAAUGGAUGAAGCGGCGUAUGACCGAUACAUCCGCUCCAUUGAGGACUAACCUCAUACCUCCUUAGAAGUGCUAUGCUCCCUCUUUCCUUUUCAAACACCACUGGCAGAGAUAUCCACAAGUUGUGUCAGUGUCAGCUACAACGCCAUCCUUAGCAUCCAAAAGUGGAGCUCCAGAUUGCUAAUAAUAAUGUCAGUCUACACUGCAUGUAUGAAGGCUAUACUGUAGACAUGGGACUGUAAAUUAGAAAAUAAACAUUUCCUGAGACGGUG